AUGGCAUCAACAUUAGCCCGCAUUUACACGGCCUUCAGUCCACCAGUAGUGGAGAAAAAGACCGAUGCAAUUCGGAUUGGUAUCCUGGGAGCUGCGAAAAUUGCACCACUGGCCCUGAUCACCCCGGCUCAAUCCCAUCCGGAGGUCAUUGUGCAAGCCAUCUCAGCUAGAGAUCGAGCUCGCGCCGAAGAUUUCGCGAAGAAGCAUGGUAUUCCCGAAGUUAAGGACUCAUACCAAGAUAUCUUAGACGACCCGAAUAUCGACGCGAUCUUCAUCCCUCUGCCGAAUAGUCUCCAUUUCGAAUGGGCCGUGAAAUCCAUCCGUGCUGGAAAGCAUGUCCUUCUUGAGAAACCGUCAACAUCCAACUCAACAGAAGCCAGUAUCCUCUUCAGCCUUCCGGAGCUAUCGGUGCCCAAUGCACCAGUUCUACUCGAAGCGUUCCACAACCGCUUUCAUCCAGCCGUGCAGCUUUUCCGGUCAUUAAUUGAUCCAGCCGCCGUCGUGCAUGUUCAUACGGACUCGAUGGUUCCGGCGCUAAUCACCGAUAAAGAAGGGAUUGAAUUUAACUACAAUCUUGCUGGUGGCAGUAUGAUGAUGUUGGGAACAUACAACUUCGGCAUCCUGCGGAUGAUCUUCGGUGCAGAGCCGACGGAGUGUCUGGAAUGUCAGACGAGUAUUUUUGGUGACGGUGUCCACGAUCGAUGUGAUUAUCAAUUCUCGGCCAAGUUCGCUUUUCCGAACGGUGGUGUUGGUGAGGCGAUGACUACCAUGCGAGGAUCGAUCUUGUGGAAACCCUCUGAGGCAAGGGUCAGUAUGAAAGAGGUUGCGGUGGUGGAUAAGACGAUCCCUGAGACGCAGGAGAAGAUACGCACCCGCAAGGUUACGCUGCAUGGGUUUGUUCAUGCUGUUAUUUGGCAUCGGAUUGAUGUGGAGGAUUCUUAUGUUAUUCGUGAAAAGGUUGGCGGGGUGGUAGUGAAGGCGUGGGUUGAGUCGGAGUCGCACAAGGCGUAUAGCUAUCUAGAUGCUGGCAAGGAGUUUGUGGGUUUGCCUGGUGAGGCUUGGUGGAUGUCUUACCGGUAUCAGCUUGAGGAGUUUGUGAAUCGCAUCAAGGGUCGGAAAACGCAGUAUUGGGUUUCUGGUGCUGACUCGUUGAAUCAGAUGAAGAUGAUUGAUAUGGCUUAUGAGAAGUGUGGAUUGGGCUCCAGGCCGACUAGUUCGUUUGUUUGA